UUACCGAAGUCUCUCCUGAAGUGUUGUACCUGUCGUCAGAAAGUCCUCAGCUGCCGUUUGUCUGCCCAUCGCUUCCUUCAGAGGUGUCUGAGCAGCACAGAGAAGAUGUUGAGAAGUGCCUCAGCACAGCUCUUCAGACAGGCGGUGAGAUACAGGAGCACGGACACCAGCCUCAUCCUGGAGAGAUCGAUAAACCGCGUGCAGCUGUUGGGUCGGGUCGGUCAGGAUCCUGUGAUGAGACAAGUGGACGGUCGCAACCCCGUCACCAUCUUCUCGUUGGCAACAAACGAGAUGUGGCGCUCUGGAGACGGAGAGAUGACCUCAACAGGUGACAUCAGCCAGAAGACGACGUGGCAUCGCGUGUCCGUGUUCAAACCCGGUCUGAGAGACGUGGCCUACCAGUACGUCAAGAAAGGGUCCAGGAUUCUAGUAGAGGGGAAACUGGACUACGGGGAGUAUGUGGACAAGAACCAAGUGAGACGUCAGGCCACCACCAUCAUCGCAGACAACAUCAUCUUCCUGAGCGACAACGUGCGAGACAGAACCUGAAGGACUUCUCCUCCACAACACGACUUCUUUUUCUACCUUCUUGUUCAUACCUAAAUAAGACUGAGAACCUGAAAGCCUCCAAGGAAAGGAACCAAUUGACCCAUCAGAGAGGGGGACAGAAUAAGCUGUGACACUCUGAUCAUGUUUGACUGUUGGAAGAAGAAAUCUUUGAUGCAUCAAGAAGAAAAAGGAAACAGCCCGCUCUUGUAGUGUGUAUAUAUUUAUACACAUAUACACAGUUACUGGUUGAGUUUGAUUGUGUACAUAACAGUUAAAAAGAGGCACUUAAUGUCAUAUUUGCUUGUUUUCAAGUUUUAUAUGUGAGAAUAAUGUUGAAAGCACGAGUUUAAGGGAGGAAAUCAUUUUGUUUAUCCAUCCAAAUAGUUUGGAAAUACUUCUCUUAAAUCAUAAGUGGUAGUUUGCUGACUUGGUACAAGGUUUAAAAAAAAAAUUAAGUUGUAGCUCUCUUAAGAGCAACUCUUCCUCGUGUUGGAGAUCAAAGACAAAGUUUUCAUAUGAUAGUUUGUCGUCAUGGUGUCAGGUAAGACAACUUCUCUUUAAGCUCAGUAGUUCAGGAAUCAUUUCUGGGAGUGAAAGGCGACUCGAGCUGCUGCCAAAAAUCUAAUCUGACAUGGGACACAACAGAAAUUUUUUUUUACCAUUUUCACUUUUCCUGCUGGUUUAUUUAUAACUAAUUGUUUAUUUUGCUAAGAAAGUUGCAAAAUUACCUCUUUAUUUCACAUUAUCACCUUCCAGUUCAACUUCUCCAUCUCCAAAUUUGGUGUUUUUUGUUUUGUUUUUUUCAACAAGGACUGUACUUAUACAGGAUUAUCUAAAAAAAAAAAAAAAAGAUGUUUUA